UCGUGCGGAUGGAUGCCUUUUUUGCUUGUGCUGGCAAAGUCAGCCAUGCUGCGGCAAAGUUUAGAAGUUUAAACUCUUGAGCGGCAGGCAAGCUGCGUCAGUGUAGAAAAAAACUGCAUGAUGUUUCACUUGUAUACCUUGCUCCAAAUCUGUUGGCCUGUUGGUCUGUUGGUUUGGGCCUCAGUUUGGGUAACUUGGGCUCUUUAUUCAUUGCCCUGUUAAGUUUUGAGCUGAAGUGAAUGUAAGGAGGGCAGUGUUUUCUUGGAGGCCAUGAUGCUAGCUGCUGGCUUUUGAGGAAGUGCAGUUUUGAUUUGUUCAGGGACAACCACCGCCUGGUGACGAUUGUGCCUGUUCAAAGCUGCUAAGGGAAGUGCAGGUUCAGCUUGGGAGAGUUGUUCUGCCAAGACUCGAGCGAAGUUCUUCUUGCGAAGCAGCAGAAGACCCAGUUCUCUCACAAUGACAAUGGCUUUCAUUGAUGUCCUGGAGAACGACUUGCGGGCUCUAUGUGCAGAAGCUCGCAAGUGGUACCCAUCUGUCAAAGAUUCUGCUGAGCGUGCUAUACUUAGGUUACGUUCCGUCUCUGAUCCUGGGUCAAUUGCCAAAAGCGAUGAGGUUCUGCAGACGUUUGUACUUGCCUGCGAGUCAAGGUGUGUAAAGCUUAGUGUGAUUGCGCUAGUAUGUCUCCAGAAGCUGAUAGCGCACGAUGCCGUUGCUCCAGGCGCUGUCUCGCAGAUCCUGUUGCUGUUGAAAGACAGCUCUGAGAAUGUCGACGAGAGUGUGCAGCUGAAGACGCUGCAGACGGUGCUAACCGUUCUACAGUCCCGACUGCAGCCCAAGGAAGAGACGAACAUGUCGAUUCUUCUGGAGAUCUGCUUCAGGCUUCUGGGUAAUGCCACUCGUAGCUCGGAUAGUGUGUACAGCACGGCUGCCGCAACGCUUCGCCAGGCGGUUGCUUUGAUCUUCGAUCGUAUUCUGCAAGUGGAGUCACUGCCACCCACUCCUCGCGGUCCUCGUACCUCGCGAUCCAGCUCUCUUUCUGGUGAUAUCAGCAGGACCAUAGCAGCACAGGCAACGUCCAUCGACACUGUCAUUGCUGAUCAGAAGCGAGUGCUGCGGUACACCCUUACGACACAGGCACGGAUGGGACUUAGACUACUGGAAGAUUUGGUUGCCCUGGCCUCAGGGGGACAGCCCACCUGGCUUGCUGUCUCAUCGAUACCUCGGGCCUUUUCAUUGGAGAUAGUGGAGUAUAUCCUCUCACACUAUGCCUCCCUCUUCAUCAGCUUGAGCCCCUAUCAGCAGAUGCUUCGUCAAAGGGUGUGCAGUUUGUUGAUCACAUCGCUUCGUGCCACUGGCGAGAUCGACGGGGAGGUUGGGGAGCCGGCGUUCCGCAGACAGCUUCUGUGGGCAGUUGGGACAGUGGUGAGGUUCUACAGCUCCAUCAUAACGACCGAAGUCGAGGUGUUUCUGACAAUGUUGAUCAAGACGGCAGACAUGGACCUUUCGCUGUGGUACCGGAUAUAUGUGCUGGAGCUAUUGCGCUCAUUCUGUGUAGAGGCGCGGACAUUGAAAACGAUCUUCAACACAUUCGACAUGCGACCAAAGAACUCCAAUGUCGUGGCAGAUAUGGUGGCAUGCCUGGCAAGGGUUGUCAGUCUCGUACAAGUUCCAGAUGCAGGUGAGGAGAGCCUCCUCACAGUCGCCGGGAUAUUAGGCAGCAAGGACAAGCGGAGUGUUGAAUGGCUCUUGGAUUUUGAUCCAACGGGGGGCAAUUCGCAACUGCAGGCGAGCGAGGCUCAUGCUAUCACCUUGGCUUUGGAGGCGUUGCUCGGUGUGGUGUUUACAGUGGCCACUUUGACCGAUGAAGCCGUUGACACAGGAGAGUUGGAGUCCCCGCGCACAGAGGAGGCAGACAAUAAGCCGGAGCUGCGCCCUGGCGGGCUUGCCGACACCUGCUGCAAGAUGGUAGAAUCGGUGUGGGUGACCCUGCUCGACGCCCUGUCACUUAUGCUGUCCAAGUCCACAGGCAAAACUGUUAUCUCUGAGGUUCUUGACGGAUACCAGGCCUUUGCACAGGCAUGUGGAAUGCUCGGCCUUGUGAAACCCCGUGAUGCAUUCUUGGGCUCUCUCUGCACCUUUGCGCUCACACAUCCGCACGACUUUUCCAAGAAGAUCGGGGAUGGAGACUCGAAAGAGGGGGGGUUGCUGACUUCCAAAAGUGUGCAGGCAUUGCAGACACUGUUCAAGAUAGUCCAUCGCUUGGACAGCUUGCUCGGUCCAUCCUGGUCUCUGAUUCUGGAGACACUCGCUGCUCUUGACAGAAACCUGCAUGCUCCUCAUGCUUCAGCAUCACACGAGGCAUCACUGUCAAGAUCCAGCAGCAGCAGGGACCGUGAUCUCGGAGGCAUUUCCUCGCAGUCCAUUGAUUUCCAAGUUUUAUCUGCACUGGAUGCGCAUUUGUUUGAGAGCUCUUCGUCGAUGAGUGACUUCACAGUACGGUCGCUGCUUCGUGCCCUGUGGCAGGUCUGCAACAAAGCCCUCCUCGGCGUGACCAGCGGGCUAGGUCUCUCUGCAUCAGGAAGCACAAGGCCUGGGUCCUCAGUUGGGGGCUCAACACAAGCGGUUCCCAAGAUGUUCGCCGUGGAGCGCAUGGUGGACAUCAUCGUGCAUAACAUGCACAGGGUAGAUCGUCUAUGGGGGGAGCUGGUGCCCCAUUUGCUGGAGCUGGCAUGUCAUGAGAGUGCCGAGGUGCGCACGGUAGCAAUUGAUGCUCUAGAGCGGUGUGUAAUGGCAGUGCUUGGGUGUCAGAGGAUUCUGGACGACACACGGGAAGCCAGGGCUAUAGAGGUGCUGCAAGAAGAGGCCAUGGUGACAAGGACAGGAAGCAGCGGGAAGGCGAACUCGCUGGGUGAAACUCGUUCAACGGUUGACCGAUCAAAUGUUGGAGGCAGGAAAGUCGAUAACAGUGAUGUUGCGGUGGGGGAGUGCGCGGACGGUGCACUCAGCGGUUCUGGGGCAGGAUUUGGCACGGACUUGUCGUUGCAGGUGCCUGACCUAGAAAGUGUCAAACGUGGGCAGGCUACGGGCAGUUUCGAGUGCAUCGUCAUCCUCCCGCUGUGCUUGCUCUACCACUCAGGUAGAGGGGUGGAGGAGCGGGCGGGUGCCUUGAGAAUUGUCCUUCAUGCGCUGAAGAGGCAUGGCGAGAAACUGUAUCACAGCUGGCCCGAUAUUCUGAAGCUUUACGGGGAUGUCGCUAACAGCGGCGAGAAAGACCUCGUUCCAUUGGGCUUUCGGGGGAUGACCGUUAUCAUGAACGACUGCCUGUCUUAUCUCCCUGAAAAACUUAUCAAUGCUUGUGUGCAAGUGACAGGGGCGUAUGGCUUGCAGCACACAGAUGUGAACAUCAGCCUGACUGCCAUUGGCCUGCUGUGGACAACUGUCGACUUCUUUGCAAAAGGAGAGGGAGCAGCCCGAAGUGGCCGUGUGUUUUCCUCGGUAGCUGCUCAAGCUGACGCGUCUGGUGGGAAGGGAGGAGCAAAUGAUGCCCGCCGCCCUGAGCAACACGUUGGAGAGGAUUCAGCAGAAGGGGUGCGCGUGGUGGCGGCUGGUUAUGAGUCGAACGGAGUGGUAAGGAAGCAACAGCCGCAGGAUAUGCAAACUGGCGACCAAAGUCCACAUCGUUCGCAACCGAAGCAACUUGUAAGUCAGCUUGAUGCUUACAGCGAGGAUAUGCUGUUUACAAUGUUUUGCAUGAUCAAAGGUCUUGGCACGGAUGACCGUCCGGAGGUUCGGAACUCAGCAAUAAGGACCCUUUUUGCGUCCAUCGUCAGCCACGGGCCCAAGCUAUCGCAAGGUUUGUGGGGAUCAUGCCUGUGGCAGUUGCUGUUCCCUCUCCUGGAGACCGUGCGGCAUCUUGCCGCGACAUCUUCUCGGGAUAAGUGGGUUGGUAAGGAGUUGGGUAAACAGGGGGGGAAACCUGUUCACAUGUUGGUGCAUCAUAGCCGCAACACUGCACAGAAGCAGUGGGAUGAAACCUUGGUGGUUGCGCUGAAUGGGAUGAGCAGGCUGCUCCGGUCGUUCUUCUCUAUUGUUCACAAGAUGGAGGGCUUCGAGUCCGUAUGGGAAUCUUUGCUGCAGUUUGUGGAGGAGAGCAUGCUGGAAGGCAGCAAGGAAGUGGCCAUGGCUGCGUUGAACUCGUUGUGCUCCAUCCUGCAGACACAUGGUGCGAAAAGAACUUUGCCGAGGUAUCAUUGGGAGAGUGCACUCGAAACUCUGGAUAUGAUCACCAGGAACUCUGCGCAUUCUGACAGCCGGGUGCCAAUUGAGGCACGCACAGAACUUGUUGAGAAUCUUGGCUCGUUGUUCAAAUCUUGCUCUUCCAUGUUCGAGCCAGAGGAUUACUUGUUGCUUCUGGCAAUGGUGGAUGUUCUCGUACGAUACCCGACCCUGCAGAGGGACGCCCCGGCACCUGUGCCGUCUAUGAUGGCAGGCAUCUUGCCACAGGUGCAGAGAACAGCUCUUGAGGUCUUGCCGUUGAUGUACCCAAGGGAAGAGCGUCUGGAGUACCUGUGGCCGCAGUUUCUCCGACAGCUGAUUACCUAUCUUCCUGGGGGAAACAGGGUGUUGUGCGAGCAUUUGCGGAUCCCUACCAAGUACAUGCCUCAAACAGGGAUUGGGGAAGUGAGUCCUGUCAUUGUGGGGAGUGGUGCUGGGCAGGAGAGUCAGAAUCAGCAUGACGGUGGAGUUUGUCGUGGGAGCAGGCUUGCCCUUGGUGCUUCCCCAGAGAGAGAAGAUAACGGAGUACGAGAGCCAAGCGAACUAGGGAGUCCAAGGCCGCCAUCCUCAUUGCCUGCUGACACACGGGGGUUUCCUGACACCUCCCCGGAUGCGCUCUCCCAUGGCUUCGCCGAGAGGAUUGUGACUCUCCUUGUGGACCUGUACAUUCAUCAUGCGGAGAUGGCGGCAAAAUCUCUUGUUUUGCCAGACGUAAUUGGGGGUAUAGGUCGGUGCAUGGGUGUGAGACGCGAUGCCCCUUCCCAUCCCCUGUGGCGAACGGCAGUUGGGGUCUUUGACAAAGUCCUCCGAACAGCCCUGAUUCCCGACGCAAUCAACGCAGGCUCAAACCAGGGCGCCUGUGAUGGAAGAGAUGAGGGCAAGGUGUGGCAACCGCACAGCAACGAUAUCCGCGGUCUGGCAAGGCCACGAUUAUGGAAGGAACUCGUUCAUUUGUUCGAGAGGUUCUUGGUCGGAACCUGUGGGCGGGCAAUGGUCGGCCAGUCGACGGAACAGGCGAGUCCGAAAACACAGAAAGCAGACGAGGCACUCGAAUUGUUUGUGUUGGAUGCGCUGUGUGACAGAGUCCUGGUGUCUUGCCAAGAUGCCCCCGAUGAUGUGAAAGCCAGACUUGUGUCCGUUGUGGACCGAUGCGCGGGUCGAAUCUCCAGUCUACCAAUCGAGAGUGCAGCCUUGCUCCCUCUGCACUGUCAGCAGUUUUCCCUUAGAUGCCUGCAGAAGCUUUUUGAUCUUUGUCGCCGAGCCAAUCCGGAGGUUAGCUUAGAGGAGGACUCGUCAGUCGUGCAGGUUGCGAGGACUGCAUUGCCGGUUCUCAUACUGAGAAGUGAAACGAUCAUCAAGCGCUUCUUGGAGGAUGAUCAACAGACGGGAGGAAAGGGAAUGCCCCAAAUGCGGGUCGAGGAGUUGGUCUGCUUGCUGCAAGAAUUGGCACGGUUGCUUCUCCACCCUUUGGUCUCGGCAUCUCUUGAUAUCCCCGUUCGCUUGAGGAAAGCCAAGACGAAACGGCUCGUGAGAGGUCUUACGCCAGCUCCUGUGUCAUCAUCAUCUCCAGCUGGUUCUGAUGCAGCAGAUGGACUACCCCUACAGGUGGCAGAUGCUGCUGCAGUCAGCGAACCAGACAGACAAGUGGCAGGCUCUGCUGCAGCUGAUGGGCAACCCAAACUAUCCUCUGUGGAACCUGCAGGAUCCUGUGAUAGGAUCAAAUUGCCGGAUUCUUCUUCCUCAUCACUGUCACUGCCAGCGAGUGGAAGUCAGCAUGAUGCCCUGGCCGAGGAGGUGCCCAAGAAAAGUGGGUGGGAGGGUGGCCAUCUGCUUGUCCUAUAUGGCCCUCUAUGUGACCUGAUUGUUUGCCAAUAUAAGCAGAACCCGAGAGCUCCAUCGAGGCUGCGGAUAUUCGCAGAGGUCUCGCUUCACGACGAGUUUGACUUUUCACAAUGUCCCUGGAGUGGAAGUCGCAGAUGUCCCCGGAGUGUCCCUGGAGUGGAACUAACUCGCAGAUGUCCAUGGAGUGGAACUAACUCGCAGAUGUUCCUGGAGUGGAACUAUCUCGCAGAUGUCCCUGGAGUGGAACUAAAGUCGCAGAUGUCCCUGGAGUGGAACUAUCUCACAGAUGUCCCUGCAGUGGAAAUUGCAGAUGUCCUUUUGGGCAAAUUGCUACAGCCAAUGGGACAUCAAUUGACUGUACAUGAACAGGCUUCGUGCGAUUGAUUACGUCAAACCGUGGUACGUGGCAGACGACAGCCAAUUCAAGUGGAACUUACAGCAACCGAGUCGUGUCCCAAUAAUUCUGCUGUGCGCGUGAAAUAAGUGUGAGGAUGGAGGGCAACACACUGAAAGGAGUAGACAUUGUUGUCAGUCGGAACAGCGGCCUGUCUGUCGGGCAAGCAGAUGUAUGGGAGUGCCGGCAGGUGGACUGGGGGAGAGUUAUUAUGGGGAGGAGGAAUGGCUGUGUGCAGAAGAAGGUGGGUGCGCCGUGUUGUGAAUAGGGACACUCUCACGCCAGGAUAGUUUAUACCAAGCUCUGGACCUGGACAGUCAGAUCCAUCCAGGUCGGGCCGUAUUUACAGUCAGAUUCACUCAGGAAAAGGUAUGGUGCAAGUACACCCUCAGUAUAUGUGCUUACAUUCCAGAUUCUAGAAUAUGGACGCUGAUAACGAGCUGGGCAUGUUUAUUCAACGCCUGAUCAAGGCAACGGAGCACAUGUGAUGGCGGCCAACCGCGGCAGGUACGAUCUCUAACCCACCUAGACUAGAUGUUGUGCGCUGAGUCGCUGACUCUUUCGGAAAGUUAGCUCGCUCGAUAGAGGACCUAGACAAAGUAGCAGUCCAUGAAUGAAGUGGGGAUCAUUCCCAUUGAUUGUUGAUAAGGAUGAAGCGCACCUUUAAAUCACCAGUUCAAGCAACCCUCGACCGAAACGCCGGCCGAAGGACGCGGAGGCUGCGCUUCGAUGUACCGGCGGCCGGCCUGGCGAGGACCACGAUGAUUCGUUUGGGCACGGAAAAUUAAAUUUUAUGCCCAGCUGUCGAUGGUCCGGUGUGCUGGCGGUUAAAGGGGUUGAUAAUAACUUGAAACUUGUUUGAAAUAAAAGCAAGGACUCGGCUUUCGUGUUCAGUGUAGCGGUGAGUAACCACCACAUUGAGAGUUCGACCAAGGUUCAUUCGAGUAUGUCGGCAAACUUGAAACUUGGUGGCAGGCUUAGUAUUUGUAUUCAGGGGUUGGUUUAAUACCUUUUUUGGGUCUCACACUUCCGAUGCGAAAUCUCUAUUCAAGUGGCUGCGUGUUGUUGUUGUUUCCGUGCAAAUAACGGCAUUCAGACACUGUUGCGUGUUUGGUCGCCGAUCGUUGUUAUUACUCUUUUUUAUGCUCGGUUCUUAAAAGUUUCUUUGAAGUUUCUUUGAAGUUUCUUUGUAUGCAGUUUCAGACGUUAAUGACGUUUCGUAUUUGCAGCUUUGCUCUUGCGAACUCAUGUUUGAUAGCUCUGAGGGCGUGCUCAAAGUAGGUCUAUAUUAAAUGCAUUUGGCUGCAUUUCCAGCCCCGCCUGGAUGUAUCUGAUUGCAAUGACGUCCAAGAAAUAAGUAAGAAAGUCUCUUUGUGACAGUAUGCCCUGAGCUCA